AUGAGGAGGAGAUCUGGUGAUAUCGAAGCAGAGAGUAGAGGGAAGAGGAAAGCUCCGGAGGGAGACGACAAUGGUAGAGUGAAGAGACGAUCAGUUCAGAGAAAGAAAAAGAAGAACACUCUUCCGAGAGACGCAAAUGGUAGAGUGAAGAGACGAUCGGCUCAGAGAAAGAAAAAGAAGAACCUCAGAGGAAUCUGUGGCUGUGUAUCACCUCGAUGCUCUGCUUAUACUUACCGUUCCAGCUUCUCAUGGUACUUUAUUCUCCUUUCUAGACUACACGCGAUUUCGAUUUUGUGA